CCGCCAACCCCUUUAAAAAGAACCAGAAAAGCGGGAGACACAGAUAAAGGCGUGGUCAGUGAGAGAGAGAAAGGGAGAGGAGAGUUAUGGAGAAAUGUAAGUUUUAGUGAGAGAGGAAAUUAAGACUAGACUCUGUGUUAGAGAGAGGAGUGUGAAAGGGAGAGAUCAGUACAUCGAUAUUUAAUCUGGCUGCGAAAAUGACGACUGGGAUAGUGCAAGAGCAGAACCUUGAAAAGCACAUAGAGAAGCAGAUGGGGUGCAUGGCCGGCUUUCUUCAGAUCUUCGAUCGCCACCAGAUUCUCACCGGAAAACGCCUCUGCUCCACCAAACGCCUACCUUCUUCGGCGGUCGUGGUGUCGUCACCAGAGCCGUCGUCGAACGUAUCGCCGGAGAUAUCGAAAGAACUGGAGAAACAACCGCAAAGGAAAUCCAUGCCUUCACCCGACAGGUCGGAGCAAUCUCCACCGGCGUCUGAGCUCCGAUCUCCUCUGCCGGAACCACGGACGCCGUCGUCGGAAUCACCUUAUCCGAAGUCGCCUCUUCCUCUUCCGGUUUUCGAAUUCAAAGAAGGCACGAGGUCGUCGUGGAAGUUUUCCAGAGACAUGCCGAGGCUCUCACUCGAUAGCAGAGCCACCGUGGACGCAAAGGGAAGCCUGUACCCGAAGGAGAUCCGUACCAACGCUGCGAUAUUGUCUGCCAACCGAAGCGUGAACUCCGGCGACGGAGCAAUUGACGGAGACAAGAAUCACCGCUCGCCUAGCGUCAUUGCCAGGCUAAUGGGACUCGAACCGUUGCCGCAAUCGGAUCCCGAACCGAUCAAGCUCCGGAGAUCUGCGUCAGAGUCCAGAGUGAACAGAGAUCUGUACCAGCCACGGUCCGUGGACAGCAAUAAUUUUCAGGCAAGGCAACCGCAGCAGCCGAAUUUGAAGAGCAAUAACUGCGGCAAUGUAGGCAGAGAGGAUCGGAGCUGCAAUACUAGACAGGUAGAUCCGAAAUCUUACAAUGUGAAAGCUCAAAACAGGGGAAUGGUGCAGAGGAAGAGCUUCUUUGAUUCGGCGGAUUUUUUUCCGGAGCCGAAACAGUCGAUUUCGGUGUACGGUGAGAUUGAGAAGAGGCUGAGGAUGAGAGGCAUUGAUGAACCGUCUAAAGAUUUGGAGACAUUGAAGCAAAUCCUUGAAGCUUUACAGCUCAAAGGUCUUCUUCACUCCCGGAAAUCUUCGCCUCAAAUCAACUCCCGAAAUUUCGUCUACGACCGGUUCUCGGAAUCGCCGAUUGUGGUGAUGAGGCCGUCCAGAUCGCCGACUUCCACUAACCGAGCCGCCAGAUUCGGCAACGAAUCGCCGCCUUCAAGCUUCCGGUCAAGAGCCGGAGUUCGCCGGAACGCGAACCCCGCCGGCGAGACGUAUCAGGCAAUGAGCCCAAGGCGUGAGCGGGCGGAGAAUGUGCGGAGCCAGAGCAGAGGUAGAAGUCCGAGCGCGCCGACCAGGAGCGAGAGUGGUGUGAGAAGUCCGAGUCGGAGAGGAGGCCCAUUAGUGAUCGAGACGCAUAGGAAAGCAAGUGUGGAUUCAGUGGAGCACAGGAGAGUCUCUCCGGUUCACUCUCCCAAGGUUAGUUCAAGACGGUCGGUCUCAGAUCAACCUACGACCAACCGGUCACCGAGGGUCAAGAAACCAACGGCUGAGAUGACGCGUAAGGAGGAAAAAAUAACUAUUCACAGAGCAGAGGAUGAUUCCUCCACCAUGUCAGAGAGCAGUUCUUCACAAACCGACACUGAGAGAUGGAAGGUGGAGGAGUACAAAGAAGGGAGGAGUCUAUUGGAGAGGUGUGACAAGCUACUCAACAGUAUAGCCGAGUUGCAACCGAGUCCGGUUUCGGUGCUGGACUCGUCGUUUUACAAAGAGGAAUCUUCACCCUCGCCAGUGAUGAAGCGCAGCAUUGAUUUCAAAGGUGAUCAGAUGGAAGAUAUCUGGGGUCAAGCAAUCUGUGGAAACGAGUCGGAAUCCGACGACUGUGAUUUCGUCUAUGUUUCCGAGAUUCUCCGAGCUUCGAAUUACUUACCGGACGACUCGGACAUUUUCUUAUUGCUGGAGAAGCAGCAACAGCUCAAGGGAAAAGACACGUCCAGAGUUUCGACGCUCGAAAGGAAGUUAAUCUUCGACAUUAUCAACGAGAUUCUCGACCGAAACCGGCAAUUGCCGCCGUGGAAGGCCGUCUCGAGGCAGACUUCGGUGUCCGAAAUCUGGUCCGAGUUUCAGAGAAUCCGGGAGAGGGAUGAAUCCGAAGACUUGUUCGAGGUCAUAUGUGGAGUAUUGAAGAAGGACCUUGCGGGUGACGCAAUAAACGGCUGGGGUGACUGCUCUGUCGAAAUGUCCGACGCCGUUUUGGACAUUGAACGCCUCAUUUUCAAAGACUUGAUCGGCGAAACGAUCCGAGAUCUCGCCUCUUUUCCCCCCAAUUCCGGUAGAGUUUCGGCGCUUUGUAGGAAGUUGGUCUUCUGAAACGGAGGGAAGAAGGGGAUGGAAGUUUCAAUUUUCGCGCCUUCUUUUUUUUUUUUUUUUCUUUUUCUUUGAAAUUAAAAAUAUGAUGUUGUUUAGCUUUUUUAUUUCUUUUUAGAUUAGAAAAUUUGGGGAAAUGUUUGUCUACGUGCUUAAAAAAACCAGGCAAAUCUAACGGUCACAAUCUGUAAAAAAAAAGAAAAAAAGGGGGUCUCUCUCUCUCUCUCUCUCUCUC